UACCUCCUCAACAAUAAAUCAAAGCUAAAAAACAUGCAUGACAAAUAAAAUUCUCCACCUCCAAUAACUGCUUCCUACACCAUUUCUUCUUCGAAACAAUAAUUUGCAGAGACGGAGGAUUAACAAGUCACCAUGAAUGUCGGCCGUACUUUUGUCCAGAGAGCCGCCGCGGGUUUCCGUGGUCACCCUUUUCUCCCCAAAGCAGUCAUUGUUGUUACCAUCAGUGGUGGAGGUCUAGUGGCAUACACACAAAGAGAUCUCUAUGGCAUUGCGUAUGCGGAUGCCGGUGAGGUUAAGCGGAAGAAAGUGGUAGUGCUGGGGACAGGAUGGGCAAGCAUGAGUUUUUUGAAAACGUUGAAGGAUUCGUCUUACGAUGUUCAUAUCGUGUCACCUCGUAAUUACUUCGUUUUCACUCCCCUGUUGCCUAGUGUCACGGUCGGCACGGUUGAGGCCCGCAGCAUUGUGGAGCCCAUCCGCAAAAUUGUGAGGGGGAAAGGGUAUGAUGUUCAAUUCAAAGAAGGAGAGUGUUAUAAAAUUGAUACAGAAGACAAGAAAGUGUAUUGUCGAUCAACCCAAGAAUCAAGUUUGGGUCGAUCUGUGGAAGAAUUUGCAGUGGAUUACGACUAUUUGGUUAUAGCUAUGGGCGCUCGUUCUAAUACCUUCAACACCCCCGGUGUUGUAGAACAUGCUCACUUCUUGAAGGAAGUGGAAGACGCGAGUAAAAUCAGGCGGAACGUGAUAGAUUGCUUCGAAAGGGCAAACCUUCCUACUGUGAGCGAGGAGGAGAAGAAAAGGCUUCUGAACUUUGUAGUGGUGGGAGGUGGUCCCACUGGAGUUGAAUAUGCAGCAGAGCUUCAUGACUUAGUGAUGGAGGACUUGUCCAAACUCUACCCACAUCUUAAACACCAUGUCAAGAUCACCCUCCUUGAGGCUGGUGACCACAUCCUCAACAUGUUUGACAAAAGAAUUACUGACUUCGCGGAGGAGAAGUUCCAGAGAGAUGGGAUUGAUGUCAAAACUGGGUCGAUGGUGGUUAAGGUUUCAGAUCGCGAGAUCACAACCAAGGAGCGAAGCUCAACCCGUACUGUUUUGAUUCCAUAUGGGAUGGUUGUCUGGUCCACAGGCAUUGGAACUCGCCCCGUUGUUAUGGAUUUUAUGAAGCAAAUUGGGCAGACAAAUAGACGAGUGUUGGCAACAGACGAAUGGCUUCGGGUGGAAGGGUGCACAAACAUAUAUGCUUUAGGCGAUUGUGCCUCUAUAAACCAACGUAAAGUCAUGGAAGACAUAGCAGCAAUAUUUAGCAAGGCUGACAAGAAAAAUUCAGGCAACCUAAAAGUGGAAGAUUUCAAAGAAGUGAUCAAUAGCAUAAGGGAAAGGUAUCCACAAAUAGACAUUUAUCUGAAGAAGAAUAAGAUGAAAUGUUUCACUGAUCAACUAAAGAGUGCCAAAGAUGGUACUGAGAUUAACAUUGACAAGUUUAAGGAGCUUUUGUCUGAGGUUGACUCCCAAAUGAAAACUCUUCCUGCAACCGCACAGGUUGCUGCUCAACAAGGAGCUUACCUUGCUGAUUGUUUCAAUCGUAUGCGAGCUUGCGAAAGGAGUCCCGAAGGUCCAUUGAGGAUCCGAGGGACGGGACAACAUAGAUUCCGUCCUUUCAGGUAUAAGCAUCUUGGACAAUUUGCACCACUGGGAGGAGAACAGACUGCGGCUCAACUACCAGGAGAUUGGGUCUCCAUAGGUCAUAGCACCCAAUGGCUUUGGUAUUCGGUUUAUGCAAGCAAAUUGGUUAGCUGGCGCACACGAGCUUCAGUAAUUGGAGAUUGGAUCCAUCGUUUCAUUUUUGGCAGAGAUUCUAGCAGAAUAUGAAUCUAUGGAUUGCAACAUUUAUAGCACUUCCAUGUUUUUCCAUUUUUUAUAUACGAUAAUUAAAGAGAAGAUUACCAAUAAUCACACAUCCUCUAACAAUUAUCCCUAUGUGAUAGACCUCCAAGUCAUUUUCAAUGUUUGUUAUCUGACUUAAUGACUCAUAUCUAACCUAAAUAUCUACCAGA